CACGCUUUCCACUGACAAACGUUGAGUGUAGCUCCUGAGGAUUUAGCGUGUCAGGCUGUGUCUACACAGCUUAGGUUUCUAUUAUUACGCAAUGGCUUAGGAGGCAGUGCUUUGCCACAUAAUUACAGAGCCGAUCUGUAUUAGGACCAGGAGUUUGGAUGCCUCUUUCCCAACCAACUAUUUGUCUCCCACCCACUCAAGCCUCCUCCCUGAUACUCUUACUUGUUUAAUAGCUUCUUUUUUUGUACCCUUCUUUUUCCUGGUUUCUGAUUUUCUUCCCUUUCCUACACCUCAUAUUUGUUUAUCUAAGAAGUGAGGGGUCUGACAGAGUUGUGCCUGCCCGCGGAUUCGUAUACAGCACUAAGCACUGGCUGUAUGUUGCAUCGUCAGAAGAGGAGUCUCAGGGAUUCACACACUUGGACUUUACUUGGCUGCAUCUGCCAAACAAUCUAGUCUGCAUUUUGGUUAGCUGGAGACCAACCAGGAUUUUUCUGAUUAUAUCUUCUUAUGAAAAAAGGAUGCAUGACAUAGAAAGAAGGUCUAAGUGCCUGUCUGAGACUAUUUUACCAAACCUGGGAUAAAUGUUACUUCUCAAAGGUACUGUUGCAUGAUUUACCAUGGAAAAAUUGCUCUGCAGCAUCCUGGUGUUUGGAAUGGCUGUCAUGGUCAACGCUUGUCCCAAAUAUUGUGUCUGUCAGAACCUGUCUGAGUCACUGGGGACUUUGUGUCCCUCCAAAGGUCUCCUGUUUGUACCACUAGACAUAGAUCGAAGGACUGUUGAACUUCGCCUCGGGGGCAACUUUAUUAUUAAUAUCAGCCGACAGGACUUUGCCAAUAUGUCUGGGCUUGUUGACCUCACUUUAUCCAGAAACACAAUCAGUUACAUACAGCCCUACUCUUUCACUGACUUGGAGAGCCUUCGGUCUUUACAUCUGGACAGCAACAGGCUGCCUGACAUUGGAGAGGAUAUUUUGAGAGGCUUAAUUAACCUUCAGCACUUGAUUUUAAACAACAACCAGCUAAGCAGCAUUUCUGAUGAAGCCUUUGAGGAUUUUUUGCUGACAUUGGAAGACUUAGACCUUUCCUAUAAUAACCUCCGAAGCAUUCCCUGGGAAUCUAUAAGAAAGAUGAUAAACUUGCACCAGCUCAGUUUGGAUCAUAACCUGAUAGAUUAUAUUACAGAGGGGACAUUUGCAGAUCUUCAGAAAUUGGCCAGGUUGGAUCUAACGUCCAACAGACUUCAGAAGCUUCCCCCUGAUCCUAUCUUUGCCAGAUCUCAAGUGAUUCCAUUAGCUGUUACACCAUUUUCUCCACCUUUAUCUCUCAGCUUUGGGGGUAACCCCCUGCACUGCAACUGUGAGCUGCUGUGGUUAAGGCGACUUGACAGGGAUGAUGAUAUGGAAACUUGUGCUUCUCCUCCAGGUCUAAAAGGAAGGUACUUCUGGUAUGUACGGGAGGAAGAAUUUGUCUGUGAGCCUCCUCUUAUCACACAACAUACUCACAAGUUGCUCGUUUUAGAAGGGCAAACUGCUACACUGAAAUGCAAAGCCAUUGGGGAUCCCACCCCCAUCAUUCACUGGGUGGCCCCCGAUGACCGCCUCAUUGGGAACUCUUCAAGGACAUCUGUCUAUGACAAUGGCACCUUAGAUAUUCUCAUCACCACAUCCAAGGAUUACGGGACUUUUACAUGCAUAGCAGCCAAUGCUGCCGGAGAGUCCACCGCAACGAUCGAGCUCUCAAUUGUUCAGCUCCCUCACCUCAGCAAUGGCACAGGCCGAGCAGCUCCACCAAAAUCCAGACUCUCAGACAUCACCAGCUCCAGCAAGUCUAACCGAGGGGAAACAAAAGGCCCACCAGAAAGGGCUGUCCUGGUGUCAGAGGUGACAACUACCUCAGCUUUGGUGAAGUGGACAGUGAGCAAGUCAGCCCCUCGGGUAAAAAUGUAUCAGCUGCAGUAUAACUGUUCAGAUGAUGAAGUCCUGAUCUACAGGAUGAUUCCUGCUACAAACAAAGCCUUUGUCGUAAACAACCUUGUUUCUGGAACAGGCUAUGACCUCUGUGUCCUGGCAAUGUGGGAUGACACAGCCACGACCCUUACUGCCACCAACAUUGUGGGAUGCGCCCAGUUCUUCACCAAAGAAGACUACCCUCAGUGCCAGUCGAUGCACAGCCAGUUCCUGGGAGGUACCAUGAUUCUGGUCAUUGGAGGCAUCAUUGUGGCGACUCUGCUGGUGUUCAUUGUAAUACUCAUGGUACGCUACAAGGUCUGCAACAAUUCCCAGGGGAAGAUGUCCAACGUCAGCAAUGUCUACUCACAGACAAAUGGAGCACAACCAGUUCAGAAUGGAGUCCUGCCCCAAGUCAACCCCAAAGUGGUGGUGAGAAAUGAACUUAUGGAGUUUAACUGUGAGUCUGUGCGGAGCAGCAUCUCCUCUUCUUCCAGCUCUCUGAAUAGCCGUGACUGUGAUAACUAUAGCCUCCAAAGUGAACAGGGCACAUUGUCCAGUAAAUGGAGGCCCCCCUCCAGGUCAAAACACAAUAUUGACCGGCUAAUGGGAGCUUUUGCCUCCCUGGAACUGAAAUGUCAGAAAAAGGAGGAGACGACAGACUCCAGAACUUCCACUGUGGCUCGUCACUCAGACAAAGAGCCACUGCUGGGCCAGCCGGAGUCCAAAUUUCGCAGCCUCCUCAUGUUGCCUUUGGAGGGCAAAACUAAACGUAGCCAUUCUUUUGACAUGGGGGACUUUGCCACAUCUCAGUGUUGCACCUACCCAAAAAAGAUAACAAACAUUUGGACAAAGAGGAGCCUCUCAGUGAAUGGCAUGCUUUUACAGUAUGAUGACAAUGACCUAACAGGGGCAAAAGGGACUUACGGGAGUUCAGAGUGGGUAAUGGAAAGCACGGUGUAAAUAUCAGUGUCUCCCCCUAUCUUCUCCCAUCAUGUGUUAUAGAGUGUGGUUUGCUGCAGAGCCAUGCAUUUGGAAGGAGAGGGGAGUAAAUGUUUUCAGUUGUACUGGCCAAUAAGAAAGGUAAAAUAAAUAAAUAAAUAUUAGAGAUGCUAAAGGAGAAAGAAGGUCCUGAAAUGUGAAUAGGCACGCAUGGCACCAUUUUUGUCUGGACCCAACUGAACCAUGUGUGAUUGUUUCAAGGAUUUUACUAGUUAUAUUUAGCAUUGCUUUCCAAAAGUUUCUCAGACUCUUGGUGAACUGUCAAACAAGAUUAAACACGGAGGAUGAAAAGGGGUUCAACAGCAUAAAUUUAAUUUUAAAGGUGUUAUUUGUUUUUGGUUUUGUUUUUGGAGGGGUGGUCUUUUUUUCUUUUUUUUUUUAAGGGCACCUUUUCCUUUUCUUUCGUUCACAGAAAGGAGCUUCUGUGGAUGUAAGACUGGUGCUAGAACACAUCUGUUUUUUACUGCAAGUGAUUUUCUCACAAGUGCAGGCACGGCCUCCACAGGGACAGAUCAGAGCAAAUUCUUCAUCUUAAUCUCGUAGUGUUAACUAUGACAGAUGGGAAAAUAUCAGUACUUGUUGAGUGGGUUUUUGGUUGGGAGUUAGUGGUUUUUUGUUUGUUUGUUUGUUUUGUUGUUUGUUUUUUUAAUUUACUUAUUUUGUUUUGUUUUGCCUUGCUACUGCUUUUGAGUUGGUUUAGUUUUUUAGUUUUGUUUUGUUUUCUUCCCUGAAAGAAAGCGUGUUUCCCUGCAUUUUUGUUUUUGUCUUCAGACUGUCAGAUUCUUAUCAAAUCCCCUAGAUGAAAAGAAGAUAUGUACAAAGAUCAAAUUUCUGAAGUACUCUAUAAACCACCUCCAAUACCACCAAAAAAAAAAAAAAAAAAAAAAAGUGGAAAUCCAGGAGCUAAUAAAUUUUAAAAAAUCAUCCUUUCUUCCAUCUUCUUCAUAGUCUCUGCUUCUCGGUGCUAAAAGCAGAUUGCAACAGCUAUUGAUAUUUGUGGGGAUUUUGCUAUCAAAGAUGGGAAACAUAGAUAUGAAGAUUUCAUAUUAAAGGAAAAAGAAAGGGAAAACCAAAGUGUCUCCCAUGAACCGUCUACAUUAUGAAUACAAUUGCUUCUGGCAAAGGUCACACUGUCACUCUCUGCUCAACUGACAAAGAAAACACAAAUUUUCACCCUAUUGUGACAAAAGCUCUUUUGUCUGUACAGUCACCACAACACAGCUUGACUGUACCAGUAGCAUCACAUGAAAUGUUAAGUUUUUGUGUGUUUCAGUGGAUUGGGUAUGUUCCCAAUUAGCCACAUAAAAUGAGUGAAAUUUGGGUGUCACAGGGCAGGGAGUCCCCCAUGUUCCCCUGCAUUAUCAUCCAGCCCUUCCCCAGUCCCCAGUCUCCUACAAUGCCCCUGUCCCUCACACUAAGCUAUUUGCUAAGAACAGGAGCUCUUUAGGGCUUGUAAAAUGAUUCUCAGAUUCCCUUUUGGGGAGCAUUGCUGUGGUUUUGGGAAUGCACAUGGCCCAUUGUCCUCAGUGACUUAUUGUCCUCAGUGACUUUACUGUGAUUUCCAGUAUUUUGGUGGCUACUACAACUGUCUUUCUUGUUUAUUUAUUUGUUGGCUGCCAAUGAUUAGCUGCUGGGAACCAUUCUGAAAUUGCACAUUGUUCCUAUGAUUUUGUAAAAGACAUGUAGAAAGAGUGCAAGGCACAGAACAAAUAAUACAUGAAAAAACUCUAUGUAUAUUUUUUUUAAAGGUGCAGAGAUAUAUUGUGACAUGGCUGUGUACUUGAUCUUGUAUUCGUCAUGUUUCCUACUCGGAGUUUUAGAAAUGACAUCCCUGUGAUCAGAAUAUUUUUUUCCUUUUUCUUUUCUUUUUAUUUAUUUAUUUAUUUUAUUUCCUUUUUUCUACAAAAUGUACAGUAAAAACAUUAUUGGGAGAAAAAAAAUACCUGCUUUUCAUUUAUUUGCUGUUCUGCGGUCUUCUUUGAAACCUAUAUAAGAAGCAGUGAUUAUUUAAAAUAUGAUCUUAAAAACUGAUAUUUGUUUUCUCUUUCCUGAAAAUUAUCUCUGACUUUAGGAUUUUUGGUAUAAAGUAGGAAUCAAGUAAUACAGACCUUUUUGGAAUGCAUGAGAAAAGAUUUUGCUAAAGGACAUCUUGCCUUUUUUUUUUUUUUUCCCUGUGUUUACAGUUAUAGAGGUCUAUAUCAUUAAUGUAUUUUAACAGUGAACUUUGCCCUGAUCAAAAAGGUGAAGAAAUAAGAGGAAACCUUUUUAUUGGCUUUGUAUUUGCUCACAGCCAAAUUUAAUAUAUUAAAAAGAGAUACAGUCAAACUUUCUUUGCAAUAUCUUUCAAAAUUUCUGAUUUUCUCAUGUUUUCCAAGAGAAAUGACACCUCUAAGUGCCAGAAUUUGCAUCAACCAACUGUCCAGAUGGCAGCUUCCUAUUAACUAUUAAUGACAUCUACAUUUAUGUUUCACUGAAGACUCACAAAGAAGUUCAUGUAAUGAUUUUUCUUUUCCUUGUUGCACUGUGGUGUGGUUCAACUAUUUAUUACUACGUUGCUGCUUCCCUUUGAGCAUGAUGUCUGGGUUGUUUUUAAUUUAGCUGUUGAGUUCAUCAUCAAUAUUAGUAGCAUAUGCAGCUGUGAAUUUUCAAAAGCAAUAUCUUACCCUCUUUUCUUUAUUAAAAAGCAAAACAUCUAUUUCACAUUCUCAUACAAGAUUAGAGUAAGUCAACAGAUGCUGCUUUAAAAUAAUGGAUAGUUGCCAAAGAACCCAGGUAAUAAAGUGCACAAUCUAACAGCUGUAUUUAUUACUGUUAAUCAUGAUUUCAAUUCAUUUAGCUUUAAUGAAUGAGGCUUAAUCCACAUCAGCAUAUUUGCAGAUAGUGAGCAAAAUUAAAUGAACACUGCAGAAAUUGCAUUUGGUGCUCACAGAAUUUGGAAGGAAGAAGACGAAGGGACUUGUAGGUGAGGCAGAGAGCCACAUGGCAAAUCAGCAAGUGACCAGCCUUGAGAGAAGGAUAGAACAACCUGGUGUGGUGGUAACCUGUGCCCAGGCAACCGCUGGGUCAGGAUCAUCCUUCAGGUGUCGCCAGCCAUGGCCCUGCUCUCACAGAUGCCAUCUAAGCCUCUGAAAUUAUCCUGCAGCUUCCCCCAUGUCACUCUGAGAGCUUCAGCACUGCCAAAGACAACACUGUCUUUUGAGUUAUGCAUCAAUAUCCUAACAUGUGAGUGUGACCCAAGAAUUCAUCCCCCUCACAUCCUGACCAAGGUCUACCUGUCCAUAUAUUUACCUCAGUUUUCACAGGUACACCUCACUCAGCAUCUUUGGAUAUGAUUAUUUCUCUAUACUGCUGUUGAAUGGUAUGGAUUAUUUCUUGCUCUCUUUCUGACGGCAACUGCACAUCAGUGGCUCGUGAAAUUAUAUAAAGAUAUCCACUUACUUGAGUGUAAUAAAUAUUUUCCAUAUGUUGUUGAAGAGCUGAGCUACAUCCAAUGGCAUAAUCCCCUGGUCUCACAACCCUACAUGGCAAAAUUCAUGCAGGCCUCAAGUAACAGUGCCAUCACACAAAUUAACAUGCAGUAGUGUGGCAUUUAGCUGCACCAUCUGUACUUCAGAUGCAAGUGGUCAGGAGGAGUAGAUAGUAAAAAGGGCAAUGCAGAACAGCCAGAGCCACCUGAAAAAAAGAACCCAAACAAUUAAAAGUUCCACAGAAUUUAAUGUGAAUCUUGUGAGAAAAUUUAAAGACAAUUGUGAAUGCAUAUGUAACCCUUGUAAGUUAAUUUUAUGAAUUCUUGUAUAAUAGUGACAUAAACAUUCAUUUUAAAAAUAUCAUGUCAUUUAUUGAAAGAAUAGGCUAUGACUCCACUGUGAAAAUCUGCACAAAGUUAGUCCUCCAUAAAAAAUAAAUAAAUAAAUAAAUAA